GUUACAUUGAGUAGUUGAUUUUUAUAUUUGGUUCAUUAGAAAAUACUUACGAUUCUAAGUACUAAAGUAUUGAGCGUUAACAGAUAUGCUGCUAGAGCUUGCUAGGAGAGAAAAGAAUGCUGGAAUAAAAGCAGAUGUUGAUCUUGAUAUCUUCAUGAAGUCAAUAGCUUUUGGAGGACAGGAAACAGAUAUUGUGGUAGAGUACAUCAUAAAGAUAUUAGGUUUAGACAUAUGUGGAGACACAUUGGUGGGCGAUGAAAUGCUCAAGGGCAUCUCAGAGGGACAAAAGAAGCAACUUAUAACAGGAGAGUUACUAAUUGAAAAUAUGCUUCUUAGGAUUUGUCAUUGGGAUUGGUUUAUAGCCUAACUUGAUGUAACAUAGUUAUAGGUUUGUAGCAUUUUUAUUGUUUAGAUUUGUAACAUGUUUUAUUACUUUUCAAGAGAAA